AUUAUCACCAAUCAUCAUCCCUCGCUAGCUUCGAAAUCCAAACAGAAACACCAGGAAAAUGCAAGAAAAUUGUCAUCUUUAAAGAAAAAAACCACUCUUUUCUCCUCUUCUGCUCCUAACAUGGAGACCCUUCUCUCUCCACGUUCUCUCUCCCCUCCUCUCGCAAAACCCACUUCAAAUUCUUCGUAUUUCUCCAGACCCAUCUCUUACCAAUCUCCCAAGCUCGCUAAACCGGUAUCUCCAGUUACCAAGAACUCGUUAACCGAUGCCACACAGUAUAUUAUACUGACACCGUUUCUUAAGGCUUGUGCAGUUGGGAGGAGGAGCAUGAUGAUGAGUGGCUUGCUCAUGUCUGGUUUAAUGGUUUCAGAAGCCAAUCUUCCAACAUCAGCAUUUGCUUUGACUCCAGUGUUCAGAGAGUACAUAGACACAUUUGAUGGAUACUCUUUCAAGUACCCUCAGAAUUGGAUCCAAGUCCGAGGAGCAGGCGCUGACAUAUUCUUCAGAGACCCUAUUGUCCUCGACGAGAACCUCUCCGUCGAGUUUUCUUCGCCUUCUUCCUCGAAAUACAAGUCGCUUGAGGACUUGGGAUCACCUGAGGAAGCAGGGAAGAGAGUACUUAGACAGUACUUGACUGAGUUUAUGUCCACUAGACUCGGUGUCAGGCGCGAGGGCAACAUCCUUACAACUUCCUCCAGAGUUGCAGAUGACGGUAAACUCUACUACCAAGUCGAGGUGAACAUAAAGUCAUACGCAAACAACAACGAGCUCGCAGUGAUGCCGCAAGAUAGAGUGGCUCGUUUGGAAUGGAACAGGCGCUACCUUGCGGUUCUAGGAGUUGAGAACAAUAGACUCUACUCAUUGAGACUCCAAACGCCUGAGAAAGUCUUCCAGGAAGAAGAGAAAGAUCUAAGAAGAGUCAUGGAGUCCUUCAGGGUCGAGAAGAUU